AUGGAUUCCAGGGAGGUGGCGCAAUACCUGGUUUCUCCUGCGGAGGCCGGCUCCUCACACUCUCGGAGUGUCUUCUCCAGGGCCUCAGCUUCCGGAGAGUCUGACAGGACGGAGAAGAGGCUCAGUAUGUCGGGAAGCCUCUUGGAGGAGAAGGGAAUGGAGUUGGCGACGGAACGGGGUAGGAAAGCGGCGUUGGACGAGGUCCUGGUGAAGUGCAGGUUCAUCCUGGUCCCAGGGCGUAGGUCCUUCUCCCGGAAGAAGACGGCGACGUUGCGGUUGUCGUGGAUCUGCGUCUCAGUGGCUGCAUAACUGUAGAAGAACCCUGGGGCAACGUUCACCGUCGUCUUCUUCUUCAUCCCUGUACUUACGGUCACACCUUUGUGCCCCACGUCUACACUGGUAUGCCCCGAUUUUCUCUUCCCGGCAUUGA